AUGGCUGACGGCGGUACAGCCGUAGAUCCCGGAGGUAGCGGAGUAGCCGUUUCCGGAACACAACAAAACCGAGGUGGCCGUCGUAGAGGCCCUCGAAGGGGCGGUGCAAAUAACCAGACGCCAGUGGAAACCACUGGUGCUGAGCAGCAGCCCAUCGCCCGAGGCACGGGUCGUCGUGGCCGUGGAGGUCAACGCCAGAAUCAGCCGAAUCAGGCAAAUGAUGGGCCCGCCCAGUCUCAAGGUGAUACCCAGAUGGAGAAUCAAAAUCCGGCCCGACGAUCGGCUCGACGAGGCCGCGGAGGCCGGCAAGCUGGACAAAAUCCGCAAGCCCAAGGACAGCAGCCCGUUUCCGAGUCGGAAUCGGCAAACCGCGAUGAGCGUGGACGCCGUGGAAAUCAAUCUCGCCCGGCCAAUCGAGGGAACCGCGGCGCCGGACCGGGCCGCGUGUACAUACCUCGUCCUCCACCACUCUUUGAUGAGUUUGAGCGCGGAGAACACGGUUCCCAGCAGGACUUCACGAUUGGCCCCCUCAACCCGAAUUCCUCGAGGGGUCGUCGGGGCUCGUUUUUCCAGGGCAACUGGCACCAGGGACAGAUGGUGCAGCAGAGAAACGGCCCUAACCCAUUCCACUUCGACCCCAGCGCCCCGGAAUUUGUCCCCGGCCAACCGAUGCGAGGACCCAAAACGCCAAAGCACAACAAGCCCAGGAAGUAUCCGCCGAGGGAGCGCGCUGCAUCCCCGAAGUCCCGGAUGCGCCGAAUCAAGAUCAACGAGCUGCAACAGGAAUCGCUGGACUGCACGAUUUGCCUGAACAAAGUGCGAAAGCGUGAUCGAAUCUGGUCGUGCUCCACAUGUUACAACAUUUUCCACCUGCCCUGCAUGCGCACCUGGGGCAACUCGACGGAGACGACGAUGUGGAAGUGCCCGCUCUGCCAGCUCGACUGCCCCCCGAAUCCACCCUACAAGUGCUUUUGCGGCAAGGAGAAGAAUCCGGAAUUUUCGAGAGGCGAAAUCCCACACAGCUGCGGCAAGCCCUGCCAGAAAGUGAAGGGCGUAAAUUGUCCCCAUCUCUGCACCGAGCCCUGCCACCCUGGCCCGUGUCCGGAGUGUCCGGCCACCGUCCUGAAGCCGUGCCUCUGCGGCAAGAAGCGGAUUCCGGUGCGCUGCGGGGCCAAGUCGGCGCUGCGCAUGUGCGCGCUCAUCUGCGAGAAGCCGCUCCCUUGCGGCAUGCACAAAUGCGCGAGGCCCUGCCACGACGGCGCUUGUAACGAUUGCGAGCAAGAGGAGGAAAAAGUCUGUUGCUGCGGCAAGGAGACGAAAAUGAAACUCGGCCGAAUGAAGUGCGACGAGCCGGUGCCGACGUGCGGAAAGACAUGCAACAAGCAGCUGUUUUGUGGCAGUGGAGAACAUCGCUGCCAAUCCGCCUGCCAUCAAGGCCCUUGCCCGCCUUGCCCGUUGAGCACCAGCGUGCCCUGUCGAUGCGGCCGCAGUCGGCAAGAAGUCGAUUGCGUCGAGUUCAACAGCAAUUUCGAGCUCUACUCGACGCUGGAAUGCGAUAACAUUUGUCCGAAGAAGCUGAUGUGCGGAAAGCACGUUUGCCAGAAGAAGUGCUGCCCGUUGGACAUGCACAUUUGCGAGAAGAUCCCGUGCAUCGUGUACCCCGAAUUCCUGCGCGACGCGAUGCGCAUCGAGGGGCCAUUCGUGGUGGCCGUCGAGGAGACGUUCAAGAAGUUGAUCGAGAGCGUGGAUAGGCUCGGCUACGAGCAGUCGCACAACUUCCCGCCGAUGCACGCCCAUCGCCGCCGCAUCAUCCACGAGUACGCGCGGCUGUACAAGAUUUGUACGGAAAGUGUCGAUCGUGAGCCGAAGCGCAGCGUCAUCGCCACGGCCAGGCGCAAGCUCGAGAAAUUCUUCGAAAUCGCCGCCGCGCAGCCGCCGGUCCCGCUCGAGCCCGGUCUACAGGCGGUCGGAAGCACUAAAAAGGCAUUCCGUCGCCAGGCCCCUCAGCCGGUCUUCGCUGCCCCGCAGCCCACCCUGAUCAGCAACCGCUUCGCGGCGAUGGCGCUGUUCGACGACGAUUAUGGUGCAGAGACUCGCCAAGCCCAGCAGCCCCCGAAAAUUGACUCCCCAUCGACAUCUACCGAAUCGGAAGCCCCAGCUGAACAGCCAGCAGCCGAGCCCGAGGAGGAUGAUGAUCCAUCGACUUGGGAGGACCUC